AUGGAGACUUCAGGGGAGAAGCAAAACUACAAAGAGGAGACAGAAAGGUCAGUUGCUGCCAUUUACCACAAUAAAAGUAACAAUACCAAUGCAGGUGGUCGUUGCCACAAGUCCUGCACAGGACGGUGCUGGGGACCAACAGAGAAUCACUGCCAGACCUUGACAAAGACUGUGUGUGCAGAGCAGUGUGACGGACGCUGCUACGGGCCCUACGUCAGCGACUGCUGCCACCGCGAGUGCGCCGGCGGCUGCUACGGACCCAAGGACACCGACUGCUUUGCCUGUAUGAAUUUCAAUGACAGUGGUGCCUGUGUGACACAGUGCCCCCAGACCUUCGUGUACAACCCCACCACCUUCCAGCUGGAGCACAACCACAACGCCAAGUACACCUAUGGGGCUUUCUGCGUCAAGAAGUGCCCGCACAACUUUGUGGUGGAUUCCAGCUCUUGUGUCCGGGCAUGUCCCAGCUCCAAGAUGGAAGUUGAAGAAAAUGGUAUUAAGAUGUGCAAGCCCUGCACUGACAUUUGUCCUAAAGCAUGUGAUGGCAUUGGGACAGGGAGUUUGGUGUCAGCUCAGACAGUGGAUUCCAGCAACAUUGACAAGUUUGUAAACUGUACCAAGAUCAAUGGCAACCUCAUCUUCCUUGUCACUGGGAUUCAUGGAGACCCAUAUCACACGAUCGCUGCCAUCAAUCCAGAGAAAUUAAAUAUCUUCCAAACAGUGAGAGAGAUAACAGGGUAUUUGAACAUCCAGUCGUGGCCUGAGAACAUGACAGACUUCAGGGUGUUUUCUAACUUGGUUACCAUUGGUGGGAGAGCUCUCUAUAGUGGCCUUUCCUUGCUCAUCCUGAAGCAACAAGGCAUCACUUCCCUGCAGUUCCAGUCCUUGAAGCAAAUCAGUGCUGGCAACAUCUACAUCACAGACAACAGCAAUCUGUGCUACUACCACACUGUCAACUGGACCAGCCUCUUCAGCACCCCCAGCCAAAAGACAGUGAUCCACAGGAACAAAAGGGCAGAGAACUGCACUGCUGAUGGGAUGGUGUGCAAUGAGCUGUGCUCCAGUGACGGCUGCUGGGGCCCGGGGCCGGACCAGUGCCUGUCCUGCAAGCGCUUCAUCAGGGGCAGGACCUGCAUCGACUCCUGCAACCUCUACGAUGGGGAAUUCCGAGAAUUCGCAAACGGUUCUGUCUGUGUGGAGUGUGAUCCCCAGUGUGAAAAGAUGGAGGAAAACAUGAUCACUUGCUACGGGCCGGGUCCUGACCACUGCACAAAGUGUUUCCAUUUUAAGGAUGGUCCAAAUUGUGUGGAAAAAUGUCCUGAUGGCUUGCAGGGGGCCAACAGCUUCAUUUUCAAGUACGCCGACGAGGAUCGGGAGUGCCACCCGUGUCACCCAAACUGCACCCAGGGGUGCAUAGGGCCCCACCUGGAGGACUGCAUUGGGCUGAUGGAUAGAACCCCCCUGAUUGCUGCUGGAGUUAUUGGUGGCCUCUUCAUCAUCGUCAUCAUGGGCUUGACGUUUGCUGUGUACGUUCGGCGCAAGAGCAUCAAGAAGAAAAGAGCACUGCGAAGGUUCCUGGAGACUGAGCUCGUGGAGCCCCUGACCCCGAGCGGCACGGCGCCCAACCAAGCACAACUCCGCAUCCUGAAGGAGACAGAGCUGAAGAGAGUCAAGGUGCUGGGCUCUGGAGCCUUUGGAACGGUGUACAAGGGAAUCUGGGUCCCUGAGGGAGAAACAGUAAAGAUUCCUGUGGCCAUUAAGAUCCUUAAUGAGACCACUGGUCCGAAAGCCAACGUGGAGUUUAUGGAUGAAGCUCUCAUCAUGGCCAGCAUGGACCACCCACACCUGGUGAGACUCCUGGGCGUCUGCUUGAGCCCCACCAUCCAGCUGGUCACUCAGCUGAUGCCCCAUGGCUGCCUCCUGGAUUAUGUCCAUGAACACAAGGAUAAUAUUGGCUCCCAGCUCCUGCUGAACUGGUGUGUCCAAAUAGCUAAGAGUGGCAUCAGUGCAGAGGUAAUCCUCCAUAAUUUUCACUUUGUGUGUGCCUAUGGCACCUUGGACCAGUGA